AUGGCGGCAAACGGCACAGAUUGCGAUCCAAACAACCCGACAACUGACUUAGAACAGGCGGCUAUUCACUGGUUGAUACUGCAAGGAAUCAUUACAUUCUUCGUAGUGAUGAACAACGUCAUCGUAAUAUUAGCAUUUGCCGUGUUUCCUAAGAUCAGAAGUUCGCAAGCGAACGUCUUCAUCUUCAAUAUGUCUUUAACGGACCUGCUUCUCGGGAUCCUGGCACUACCCUUUGCGGUCUUGUAUAAAUGGAACGGGAAGUGGACAUUAGGAUUCACGUUUUGUAGUUUAUAUCAAGGUACUCUGAUAGUCUUUGUACACACGUCCAUAUUGAGUGCAAUGUUUCUUUGCUUGGACAAGUACCUAUUCAUUAAAAUCCCUCUGCACUAUUACACCACUGUAACGCCGCGUCGUAUCGGUGUCGCCAUUGCUGUUACGUGGAUGAUACCCAUGUUGUUUGGAGUUGCACCAUCGCUUACAAGAAUAAACGAAUAUACAAGUAUGAGAGAGGCGCAACUGUUUCCGCUGUGCUUUGCGCCGUUAUGGCAUUACAUUCUCUUCGGUGCGUGUUUGAAUGUUAUACCGUUCGGUAUAAUUCUUUAUUCAAAUUGUUAUAUUUUCAAAAUAUUGCGGAAUCAGAUUCGCCGCACGAGACUCAGUACAAGAAACGACCUCAACGACUUCGAAAACGAGGAUGGACAAAAAAGUCGUUUUUUACAGCCAGGAGAAAUCAAAGUCAUUAAAACAAUGGUUUUAAUAACAAUUGUUUUUUUAUGUUUAUGGACGCCAUUUUUCGUUUCACUUUUGGCGAACUCUUUAUGUAGUUGCCUUUCACCCGAUGUCCUUGAGAUUAGUUUGUGGUUAGGCUUCUCAAACUCCGCAAUUAACCCUCUCUUAUACGCAUAUAAGAAGGACUUCCGUCAUGCGUACGCCAGCAUUUACCGCUGUAGACUGAAAGUAGUAGCGACCGAAGAGAAUAACUGUUCACUGACUGCAACGGAAAGACCUAACGUAGUGGUAGCGUGGCAGAACUCGAGAUGCGCUUAA